CCGGGCCGAGCCGGGCCGGGCCGGGCCGCGCCGCCGGCAUGUCGGCGCCGUGCUGCGCCGGGCAGCUGGCCUGCUGCUGUGGUACCGCUGCUUGUUCCUUAUGCUGCAAAUGCUGCCCCAAGAUAAAGCAGUCAACAAGUACCCGCUUCAUGUAUGCGCUUUAUUUCAUCCUGGUGACUAUCAUCUGUUGUGUCAUGAUGUCAACAACAGUAGCUAAUGAAAUGAAAGUGCACAUCCCUUUCUACGAGCAGCUGUGCAAGGGCCUGCAGGCGGGAGAGACGUGCGAGAAGCUGGUGGGGUACUCCGCCGUGUACAAAGUCUGCUUUGGGAUGGCCUGUUUCUUCUUCCUCUUCUUCUUGCUCACUAUCAAAAUAAACAACAGCAAAAGCUGCCGAGCGUACAUUCAUAACGGAUUCUGGUUUAUUAAGCUUAUCCUUCUGGCAGCAAUGUGCUCAGGAGCCUUCUUCAUUCCUGACCAGGACACUUUCCUCAAUGCCUGGCGCUACGUAGGAGCAACAGGAGGUUUCCUUUUUAUUGCUAUUCAGCUCAUCCUGCUUGUUGAGUUUGCGCACAAAUGGAAUAAAAACUGGACUGCGGGCGCAAGUCACAAACAGCUCUGGAAUGGUUUGCUGGCUCUGGUCACUCUCGUCUUGUACUCCGUUGCUGUGGCAGCCCUGGUUGUCAUGGCUGUCUUCUACACGCGCUCCGAGGGCUGCACGUAUAACAAGAUCCUCAUCGGUGUUAAUGGUGGCCUGUGCCUCUUUGUGUCACUAGUAGCCAUAUCUCCCUGUGUCCAGAACCGCCAGCCCCAUUCUGGUUUGCUGCAGUCAGGAAUCAUCAGCUGCUAUGUCAUGUACCUCACUUUCUCAGCGUUAUCCAGCAAGCCUCCAGAAACUAUCCUGGGUGAAAAUAAUCAGAACAUCACAAUCUGUGUACCUGAAUUUAGCCAAGGGCUGCACAGAGAUGAAAACCUCGUUACUGGCCUGGGUACUACCAUUCUGUUUUGCUGCAUUUUGUAUUCUUGUUUGACUUCAACAACACGUGCAAGCUCUGAAGCGUUGAGGGGAAUAUAUGCAGCACCUGAAACUGAGGUAGCUCGCUGCUGCUUUUGCUGUAUGCCCGACGGAGACGCUGAUGCUGAAGAGCACACUGAAAAAAGGAGAGGCCAGACUGUGAUUUAUGAUGAAAAGAAAGGCACAGUGUACAGUUAUGCCUACUUCCACUUUGUUUUCUUCUUGGCUUCACUCUAUGUGAUGAUGACAGUAACUCAUUGGUUCCAUUAUGAAAGUGCUCAGAUUGAAAAAUUCUUCACUGGCACCUGGUCCAUCUUCUGGAUUAAGAUGGUCUCCUGUUGGGUUUGUGUCUUUCUGUAUUUAUGGACUCUAAUUGCUCCUCUCUGCUGCCCAACAAGACAGUUUUCAGUAUGAAGAUUCAGAAGGUCAUCCUUUUUUUUUUUUUUUAACCUCUGUCUUUCUGCUACAAAUAGAAAAAAACAGUCACUUUAUAAUGAAGAAAUAACUGUUGUCCAAUUGUCAUAACCUACUAGGUAGUAACUUUUCAGUCAGAUAAAACUAAUGAUUGAAGAUUUUUUUUUUUACUCUUUUCUAAUUGUAAUGGACAAAUGGUGUCCCAGAGAAGUAUCUGUUCAAAGAUUUUUGUAACUGAUGUGUAGAGUAUAGGAAGCAAGAUUGUUACGUAAACUGGAAUAAGUGAAAUGCUUUUAGAAUAACUGACAAUCUUUCUCCAACUUCACUGGCAAGAAAAGAAAAAAAAAAGGUGGAAAUGUAUGUUCUUCCUGUGAAUGUUGGGUAUCUUCUGGCAAAUAUGCAUUCCCUUUAAUACUCUUUUAUUAACUAGUCUUUUGCAGCAAUUGCAGUGAUGGUUUGGACUACUAUUCUGUGCAGCAUAUAAUUCUUUUAAGUAGUCUCCAGAUAUUUUUUCACAAAAAUGCACCUAAAUACUUUUGUAGAAAUAGAGAAUAUGUAAGAAUUUGACUGCCAAAGCAUCUACUAAAAAUUGUUUAACUAAAUAUUAAAUAUAUUAAGUUAUUGCAAACCUAGUAUGAGAAAGGAACAUACCAAUGAUAACAGAGUAUUUAUGCUAUUAUAACUUAAAAAGGCACCUGAAUAUUUUAUGUAGUUCAAAACUGGUCCUGUUAUUAAUAGAAGGGAUGUUUUGCACACAGAAAUUCUUAAACUCUUAAUUUUGACCAGUUUUGCUUUACCAGAUCAUUGAACUGCAAACUGUGUUCUGUACAGGGAUAUAAGAUACGGUACAUUCUUUAUUCAGAAUUUUUACUGUUGCAGGAAUGCUAAUUACAGGAACAUUUCCAGUUACUGAUAACUUUAAAAGUGAAUUGCUCAGUUACUAUUGUAACCUGCUGUUUCAACUUGUAUCUAAAGAUUUCCCAGGCUCUUCAGUUCUGUUUUCAUUAGCAGUUUUAUAAUAUUUGAAAUGCAGUGAUAGUCAGAAAAAAGGACUUCAGUGUGUUAUCUUCCUUUUCUGCCUGUGUGAUGGUUGGAAAACAAUCUUUCUAACUUUAUAUUUUUAUACUUCUCUGAUGUUAAUCGAGUUUUGCUUCGGGAAUAGGCGUUAGCCAACCAGUCUUUUAGUAGAGACUAAACUUCUUUUAGAGAACUCAGGUUCCAAGCAGUGGGAUAAGCAGUCAAAAAAUAAAACCAGAAAACACAAAUGUGGCAGCAGCUGACUUAGUAAAAAUGGCUGACUUAACAAUAUUAAACCCACCAUGUCACUUUUAUUUGCUCUAAAUAGAUGAGUUGCCGCAGAACAGCACCUCAGGCAUUUUAAAUGCUGAAUAAGGUUGAACACACUUUAUAUAUCCACAUUCCUGUGGGAUAAACUUAUGACUUACAUUAGUUCAAAGUUUUGGUUUUUUUUUUUCUGUAUCUCUCUAUAUAUAAACACAAAAUAGGAUAUAAAUCCACCUAUGCAGCAUUUCUUUUCUUAAAUAAAGUUGAGCCUUAAAUCUUCACCCAAUGCUUUCUACAAAAUGCAGAAAAGUACAGCAGAGGCCAGUGAGAUGGCCAGAGUAUUUGCAGGUCUUAUUUGUUCUGUAGUAGUCACUGGUAGCUAAUGCACACCUGGUGAAGAACCUUCACGUGCCAGUGGUGCUGUUGCUGGCUUUUAAUAUUUCUAGCUGUCUUGUUGCUCGGGAGUCGUGGGGGUCCUGCCCCAUGGAGAGCUCACUAGAGGUGUGAUCUUCCCAACUCCGUGCACUCUCACCUCGAGCACAACCCGUGAAUCUGCAGGCCUGUAAACUUACAGUGCCUACCCCAGCCAUCAGGAGCACACCAGCCCUCAGAUUUCCCCUAUCGUGUAAUCUGAUGAGGAAAACUGGGGGGAAGGUCUGCCCAGAGGUGAAACUUGCUCCUCUUCUCCCUGAUUGCUUCUAGGAGAAGAAAGUAGUUGAGUUAGGAAAGCAGCAAAUAGCUCUGGAGAUAGAGGCAGGCUUUUAUCUUUUUUUGCUUCUGCUAGGAGGCUCUAAUCUUGUCAAGAGCUCUGCUAGCAUGAAAGCCCGACUCUGUCUCUGACUGCAUUUGGAGUCCAGCCACACAGAUCUUUUUCUAGCAGAAGAGCCUUUUUUUUAAUGCAUUAACAAACUAGAAGGGUUUAUCUGUCCCAUCUCUAAGAUGAGAGCUUAUGGACUGUGCAAUGAAGACUAACAGUUGUCUCACCAAACUUGUAGCAGUUAUUCUGAUAAACAAUCUUGAUUCAGUGUCAGAACUGCAACUAAUAUAGUCCAGACUCUCAUCCCCUCCCCAGGUAAAGCUGUUCCCUUAUGUACAGAGGCUUGCGGGAGUUGCCUUCUACUCACAAAUACCUUGUAGCAUAAGAAACCAAGUCUGUUUCUUUUUUUUUUUUUUUUUAAUAGCAAAACAAUCUGUGGGCAAGGAGCCCUGCAGAAGAAGGGCAUACAAUAUGUCAAGUUGUUUUAGUACAGAUCUUGAUCAAUGGGUGUUUACAAAAAUGAUUUCUUAGUGUAGGCAGUACCAGCCUACAUAAAGUCAUCAUACACCUCAUGCUCAUUUUUUAUAGUUUGUAUUUAGGGAAAUAGCUUUUUUUUUUUUUUUUUUUUUUUUUUUUAAUGGAGAAAAUAGGGUCAUAAGAGGAAACUCCAGAGUGAGGCAUGAGUCUGUUUUUCUUACACAGCACUCGCCUCACUGAGUCACUGAGUUACUCCUUCAUCCUCCUGGUCCACCCACUGUUGACCUUAAAUUUAUCAAGGUCUGCAGGUAUACGUAGGAUGGGAAUGGGGCAGUGUGGAACUCCUCUGCUUUGUUUGCUUCUUAACUAGUAUUAUGGGAGAAGACUCCAAAAAUAACUUUCAGUUGGACCUGGCUUUCCACAUAGAGGCUCCAAAUCCAGCUGUGGAUUUGAGACCUUUCUGAGGAAACAGUGACUGUUGGGCGCCUCAGUGUGCAAAGCCUCUAUUUCCUUAGCGAGGAAUCACUUCCUGCAGCGCAGGCAAAUAUUGUAGACUUAGCAUUAGUUGUAAAACCUGUACUGUGAACUUCCCACGUUCAACUACUUCAUAAAAUCCUAGACUAGGAUUUUUAAGAUUCAAAUAUCCCAUUCAUAGAUUGUGAACAGUUCACACAAAUAGGCUUUUUAAUAUUUUUUUUAAGUGCCUUCAUACAUGCUGCUCUCCGAGCUAAUAAUUCAGGUGGCGCUGGAGCCAUGCAGCCCAAACCGAGCCUGGGACAGCGUGGUGGUGCCUUGCGCGUUACAGCUGGCGCACGCGCGGCGCAGUCGUCCUCGCUGCGCACGUGGAAGACCCCUAACCUAUGCCUGACAAACUCCUGGGGAGCAGCCUGGCUUGGGAUGUGACUGCGCAGGGGAGGACGAACUGGGAAAACUCACAGGUAACCUGACGCUUUAGUAAAUAAAUGAAAGUAGCGGUGGUGUACACUUGCAUUUAAGCCGUGGACAGAACUUUCUGUCUCCACACCUGCAAGCGCAGGUUGCUGCCCUGCUCGGCGUGGUCAGCGCUGCAGUGUCUCUGCACGGACGUGUGCUUUGUACCAUGACCGUUCUAGGAUUUGUUCCUGACCAGAGACGAGCUGUGCAGUAUUUCUGUGCCUUAGUAUUUUCCAGCUGUAUGAAGCGAGAAAGCUGUCAGUUUUAAAGACUAGAAGACCAGGGAACAUGUCCUUGUUUUCUCUAGUUUAACUUGAAUUUCAACUAAUGUUACGGUUUAAUUGCCUCUUGGAGGAGCAGAGGGUGUUGGCAGGAGUUAGCCCUGCCGGGAGGGUGGAAUUAUUUUACUGGUGUUGUCCUACUUUUUCAAAUUCCCUAUUAGAGGAGAAGUUAUUUGGAAGUUUGCUGCUGCACUUCUGCCUGAGACUGGAACAGUUUUAGUUUUUCUCACAAAGGCAACUCAGAGCCCAAAUUAUUUACUGGUUCUUCUCUGGGGUAAAACCAGGGGACAAGCUCGAAAAGCAAACCUCUGAACCCAAACUCCUGAUCUAAUGAACGAGACUGUAAAAUCUUAUGAAGAACACGUAGAAAACAAAUGGAUCCACUUUUCUGCUGUUUACCACCUAGUUCCUCAGAGUGUGCGGGCUGCCCUCGUGGGUGGACGCUAGCUAAGGAGCUGCACUGUGAUUGCAAAUCAGAAUCAUGCUUGUGUGAUGCUUUUAACUUUGAACUUGAAGAGUUUCCAUGAGAUUUGAAAAGCUCAUACUUACCCAGCUUAUUCAAUAAAUCCUUGCUGGAUGGGCCACUUUCUUCUGAAACGGGUAAUUUGGUGUUGCUAAUGUAUGCAUAAUCCAGAGAGAGGGUUUAUCCUUCGCAGAAUCAUGAACACUACAUGCCUAUUUAUUUAUUUAUUUGUUUGUUUUUAGCACCUUUACAAAUCUUGAAGAGCUUUGAGAUUAUAAGCUGUGCACAUACAACUGCUUCACUACCCACUAGUGCAGACGUUUCUGGGCUAGAAUGUUGUUAUUAAGGCAAUCGUCCCACUUGCAAGUACCUGAUUUCUAAUAAUUCUCUGUUUCUGACCAGUGCAUCAGGAGAGUUUGGGAACUCAAGAUAUCACUGCUUUAACUUUAACCAGCAGCUCACAAUGUCAUGGGAAUUUCUGAACUGAUUGGUAACAAAAUAAUUCACUGUCCAUUUUUAUAAUAUGUUAUAAAUUAUUUAUGCUUUUCCCCUAAAUAACUUUGUGAAACAAAAUAUCAUGAAAUAGUGUAUGAAUAGAUUAGUAAGAUUUUCUGCAGCUACAGUUUUAUUAUCAUCUUCACUUCUGAGCUUCAGAAGCAAUUGUGUAUCUUUUCCUUGCAGGCCGUAUCCCUUCCUUUUGUUUGCCUUUUCUCCUGGGGUUUGUUUUUUAAAGGUGUUGUAAACCUGCUUAGCUCGCCUUCUGCUCCCUGUCCAUUGGGCUGUCCUCAGGCAUAGAAACGCUGUUGCCGGCUGCAGAGGGUCCUUUCCUUUUUAUGGGAGGACCUGCAGCGUUGAAGCAAAGUUGAGGGUCAUGAUUAUAUAUCAAAUAUCACGAUGAUGAUAUUUGGCUCGGUUCUGUCUCCGUGAGAACUCCUGUCUUCUGUUUUCUGAGGUGGCCUGGUCCUCCUCCUUUGCAAGUCCUUGUUGGAGGAAAACAGAAUCAAUGCAGUGAAAUUUUACUUUAUCUGUGCUCAGUUUUGUAAAUGCCGGUUUGAACCGAGCAAUUCACAUGACUAAAGGGAAUGCCAGGGGUCGAGAGCUUAGAAAGCUUUGGCUUUUUAUGCUCUGAACAGGACACGAACUGAUACCUCUGUGCCUUUUCAACGUCCAAAAGGCAUAAUGCCCGAGUGUCCCGAAAUGAGGAUAUGGAUAUGCAGCGCAGUGUUUGGAACAGAAAUUUUGGACUUGAGGCCCGAAGAUUGGCAUGACAACUGCUUUUGUAGUUUUCAAGUAGGCCUUAAAUCUAUUUAUCUCUUUUUCCACGCCUGAUUUAGAACGGUUCCACACCUGCUUAAUAAUACAUUAUUACAAAGAAAAUUGUUUGAAUUUAUUUAAAAUAUAAACCGAAUUGGCUUCCCCCAUUUCCCAGGCUCUGAUAGCUCAGACUACUGCAGAAUAGAAGCCGUUUGCACAGACUGAGAGUUGCAGUUGUCAGCUUUGAAAUCUCUCCAACAUCUUCGAGCUUCCAAGCUGUUGUUAGUCAGAACUGUGGGGUGCAGCAGGGGAGCUGCGGUUUUGCCAAAGAAUUCUCAGUCCGAAGCCAAGAAAAAUUUUGGAAAGCUGUAGGGAAAUAGUGUAGCGUUACUCAUACCUUAGCUUUAUUUUUCUCUUACCGAUACAUGUCCAGGUGCUUAGGUGUUGUUGGCCAUUUGUGCAAACUUAAUGAAAAUGAAAUUUUCAACUUAUCAUGUAAAAGCUGGGCAAAUAUUUACAAGGAAUAUACAGUUGAUUGCCUGCUUUUUACUUGCCUCAAAUCCAUGGUGUUUAGUCUAUUUUAUGGUAUAUUCAAAAACUGGAUGCAAACUAUUCAAAAUUGAAAUACUUUUUCUCAAUGGUGAGAGGUUUUUAAUUAGUCCUUUUUAAGGUUUUUAAUAUCUCAAGGGAGCUUUUUUGGUGUGUACGUGUGGUUUUACUUUAUUAAGCUAUAGCCCAGGGAAAUGGAGGUUUGCUAGUUUGUUUAACAUUUUUGGCAAAUGUGGUCUGUAGUACAUGUAACACUUCUUUGAGGGAAUUCUAAGAACCUAAUUGUAAAAUGGAAAACAGUUUGGCCUUUUUAAAGCAUGUUAAUGGUUUUUACAAACACUUCCUUUUGUAUACUGAGUGAAUGUAUUGUUAUAGAUUUAAUGUUUAAUGGACCAAUAAAGUUUUUCUUACAUUCGAAAGGAAUUGUGAUAUAUAAAACUGUAAAAUCAACUCAUUUGAAGAGAAAUUUUACAUGCGUAUAAAUAUAUGAACUAUAAAGAGUUACCAAGCAGGUAAAAGUAAAUUGGUUAGUGUUUCUUGUUCACAAAGUUUGGAUGUGGUCUAACAAAAAGAGGUUGGCUUAUGAAAAA